AUGGCGAGUUCACAUACCUUCCAGCCAGACGACUCACUCCCCCAUCCGCCAACUACACUCCAACAACAGCAACUAUCCACGAAACAAGCAGUAAUAUACAACAAGUCAGGUACAAAAUGCAGGAACAUUGUCAAAGAACAACAAACACCACUAUCCCCCACUUGCUCUCCUCCAUGCAAAGAUUCAGACUUCCUACCCAUUCAACUUCAACAGCCGGAAUUGAAUGGAACAACAAAACGGAAGAAAAAGAAGAAAGCAAAAAGAAAACACUCUCAUACAGACAACGAUCACUCUCACACUUACCUACAACAGACAGAGAAGCACAACAACGUUGUUCUAUCCGCCGACGACCACGAGGAGCUAGAAGAAGAUUGCGAAGACUUUUCGGACGAUGACGGCUAUGAUCCAGAAGCUCCAGAAAUACCUUUUCCUCGUCGAGAUUCCGCUUCUGCCAUAAACGAUGGUAUCUGGAACACCAAUAAUCGCGAAGAACGUCAACGCAUAAGAGAAUUCUGGUUACAGCUAGGCGAAGAGGAAAGAAGGAGUUUACUUAAAGUAGAAAAAGAAGCCGUAUUAAGAGGCAUCUUGACCGUGGCUGAUGAUCUCCUUAUGAACGACGGAAAGAAGUUUCUGGAAAUGAUGGAACGCCUGGCUGAACAUCGUCCAAUUUUGAAGAUUGAGGUAGCGACUGAACAACAACGUAUGGAACAGAGUAAAAAAAUGUUUCAAGUCUUUGCGGCCGAAAUGUUUGGACAACGCGUUUUAGCUGCUUACAAAGAAAAGGUGGCUCAAGAACGACAGAAAAGGUUCUUGGAAGAACUAGAAGAAGAAAAUCGCCUAAAGGAAGAACGUGAACUUAAGAAACUAAAAGAAAAAGAGAGGAAGAAGGAUAAAAAAAGAGCUAUGAAAAUGCAAAAGAUAGAAGAACGUCAACGAAAGGAACAGGAACGAGCCGCAGAGGAAGCUGCUCAGCGUGCAGAACGUGAGCGUAAAGCUGAGGAGGAACGUAAAAGACGUGAGGAUGAACGUCAACGCAAAGAAGCUGAACGCAGAGCCCGAGAAGAGGAGCGACUACGAAAAGAAGAAGAAAGGAGGCGGAAAGCAAGAGAAGAAAAGGAGCGGGAGGAACGUCGCCGUAAAGAACAGGAAGCGAAGGAGCGUAAAGAGCGUGAAGAACGUGAACGAAAAGAACGUGAAGAAAGAGCUCGGAAAGAGCAAGAGGAAAGAGAGCGCAAUAGGCGGGAGGAGGAGGAAAGGGAACGAAAGUUAAAAGCAGAGAAAGAAAAGGAGGAGAAAGAGCGUAAAGAGCGAGAUGCGCGGAUGCGUAAAGAGUUAGAGGAACGAGAGAAGCGAGAACAGGAAGAGAGAGAACGAAAGGAGAGAGAAGAGAGACAGCGUGCUGUCUCUUUACCACCUGCAAGAACUUUACCACAACAAACGACGAUACAGUCGCAACAGUUUGAUCGUAAACAGCGACCUAUUCCUCCUCCCAUAGGUCAACCAUCAAUAACACCAACAACUGCUCAACAAAAUAUAUCUUCCAAGCCAAAUAUACCGAAUGGUGGAAUACCUGGAUGGUAUCCCUCAUUCGAAUCUCAACAAGCAUUGAACCAACAACACGUUCAGCAACAUUCAAUCCCACAGCAUUCCAUAAAUCAUCCACCUCUUAUACCUCCGCACACACCGCAUACACCGCAUACACCUCAUACGCCACAUACUCCGCAUACGCCACAUACUCCGCACACUCCGCAUACGCCUCACACACCUACUCACCUCUUCAGUCCUACAUCACCACAGUCGCCUUACGGCCCUCAACCAACGUCAGGUUUAAAUGGACAUAUUCCUUUGUCGGGUGAAUUAAUAAAUGAGGGAUAUACAAACAAUAAGAAAGUAGUAAGCCCAAAUCUACAACAAACGAACACUAUGUCGGGGAUAAAUCCCAAUCCAUCAUUAUUUGCAUCAGGUCUCCCACCGAUGGGUCUUGGGGUGCAUCCUCAUCAACACGGCCCACCAGUAAUGCAAUCACAUCACCAGCAACUUCGUCAGCCGAUGCCUAAUCCACGCGGAUAUAACCCCAUUGUUCCUAAUCCUCAUAUUCCCAUUCAGCAAUCUAAUGUAGCAUCGUCCAAUCUAGCAUUAUUGAAUGAGCCAGUGGUGAUUCCGUCGGCUGUGCCGUCAGUUGCGUCUAAUCCUCCCGCACCUUUUGCCCCAAUCCCUUUUGGUGCUCAGAAUCCAUUAACUACACAAACAUUCGAUCUUGGUACUCAAGUACGCCCACAACAGAAUUUAGUGAGUCCAGGAGUGAUGUCUAAUAUAAUAUCUAAUCCAUUACCAAUUGGAUCUCGUCGGUUGAGUACUCCCCAUGAUGACUCACACGUGAUUCAACAAAGUGUAUCAUCCAAGGCAAUACAAAGACCAGCACCUAUACAACGACCAAGGAAAGGAUCCUUAGGUUCGAUUGGUACGCAAGCUGAACGUACUAUUUCUCCGCCACCUGGGUUUGGUGGAGUAGUCGGGCCCAGCGCGUUAAGGAGUGAUGAAGAGCCUAUUGCACCGUUAUCAAGAAGGCAGAGUGCUGUUACUAAUAGUCCGCCGCAGUCUUAUUUCUCUAAUUCUUUGUUCGAGUCUGACUGGAGGUUAGUAUACCGGGCAAAAGUUUCCGGAAUUUCUACUGACCAAUCAAAACGGACAAUCACGUGA